CGAAUCUAUUUUUUGAUUAUUUCUUGAUUUUAAUUCUAGGUUCCAGCGUUGGAUUGCACCAUUGAUAUUGAUAAAAUACCUGGAAUGAAGUUAACCCUGAAAUCUUCUUUGGGGGGAGUUCCAGAAUCUGAUGGGCGAAGGACUUGGAGAUCAUCUAGAAGUCCUUGCUUUGUUUAGGGAGAACACCCCUUUUCCUCCUUUUUUGGAUGUUGAGUGUAUUCCUCCUCCUCUGUUCUUAUGGAAACUCAUUGCGAGGGAAGCCAACUUAAAGAGGAAAAGAGAGAUGUGGUUUGUUGUCAAAGGAGUUCUUGUCACGUACUCCUUGAGGGAGUUUUCACUCAUAAGCGACCUCAACUGCUCUCACCUUAACGCCGGCUUUGAAAAUUCUAAGGAAUUAACCUCUGCAAAGAAUGAUUUCAUUCGAGCUCACUUUCCUUCUGCAAAGAAGGGAAAGAAAUUUGCUGCAGUCACAUACAAGAUGGUUGUGCAGCGUUUCUUGGACAUUUGUAAAGGCUUGGACAGGGAAAAGAAGAAAGAAGGCCAGGAGAUGGAUGCUGUGAAAAUGGCAACACUAUUGUUUGUUGUUGUUUUUCUCUUGGGUCCCGCUGAUCGCGACAAGUCUGCAAUUCCAGAUUGGAUUCUGGGCAUGAUUGCACAGUGGACAACAGUUCUAGAUUUCCCAUGGGGAACCUGGGCAUUUAUGGAGUCCUUGGGGUCACUGAGGAAAGACCUAGCUGCUAAGGCCAAAUCAAUUGCAAGAGGGGCCUCAUCAACCAUGUACUAUACUGGUUUCUUGCUUCCCAUUGGGAUCCUUUUUCUGGAGAGUUGCUUGGGGACUGGAACAAAUAUUACAACAAGAAGGCCACAGACAUCCCCAGCUAGGCCAAGAAUCUGCCUUUGGGGCGAGAUUCCAAUAAAGAAGAAAAUCACCCACACAGAAAUGGAAGCUUACGUUGGGGACGUGCAGGCUUUACAGAGCAUUCUUGUUCUCGACAAGUUUGAGGCUACUACAGAGUGGUAUUUGAACAUCCAUCCUCUCGAGACCAUAUCACACCCUGAGUUGGAUGCAUUUGUGGCAAAAUUAGAGGGUAGAGGGGAAGUCCACAUUCUGGUGGAGAGGAAGAGAAAAUUCCGGAAUGUCCCUUCACCAACAAGAGAUAAUUCUGUAGAGCAUAAUGAGCACAUCUCCUCUCCCCAAGCAUCUCAGAGGAGUCAGAGCCUUAGGGAAUCUCCUUCUAGAGUCUCCCAUUCCAAAAUCUCAACUCCAUCGUCUCCUACCCCUCACCCCACCAAGCCUUCAUCCAAUUUCUUUCAAGAACUCUUUGAUCGAAUGCCAAAGAAAAUUGAUGACAUUGCAGAAGAACAAAAAAAGAGGUUUGAAGUGCUUGAAAAAAAAGUUAAUGCUUUGUCAACUUUAAUAAAUCAAAAGAUUGUGAAUAAGGUGAAUGUAACUGAAUCAGGAGAAGAACCAACAAAGACUCCACUAGAGGUGCCAGAGACGACAAUCAUGGAUGAUUGUGAAGAGACUGAGGCACGCAAUCCUUUACCUGAUCAUAAGGUUUCUCCAAGACUUGGUAUUUUCCAUAUUCUUCGGGAAAUAAAUCAAGAGCAUGAGAAUCCACCUUCCACUCUUUUUGAUUCUGUUCUAAGUUUGGAGAACAGAAUGGCUGAGUCUACCCAUGAGACAAUUGGAACAGAAGCUGCUGCCUCAAUGAAGCCUCUGCAGGAAAUUGUUGAGUCUAGUCAUGAGGUAAUGGACACAGACGCUGCUGCUUCUAUGAAACCUCUGUAGGACAAGGUUGUUUCUCCCCAGAAGGAAUUUGGAGAUGAGGAUGAUAUUAUUGAUGCCCAUGUGCAUGAAAAGGUUUGGUAUCUU